UUAAAACCACAGUCAAAAGAAAUAUUUGAAAUGAGUGAUAUGUUAAUAAUGGAGUCAAAUAUACAAGCCAAAAGUAAAACAGUUAAUAAGGAAAUGCAGACAAUUCCAAAAAUUAAAGACAAUAAAUGCAUUCAGUCGAUUAUUGAAGAAGAACAAAUUAAUCAUCCACAACCUAUAAUGAAAACAGAAAAAAUGUUGGAUGAUUUUUUAUUAAAAAAUGUUCCUGAUGUAAUGACUCAAUUACAAUAUAACGAGUUGUACGAUUUAUACCGUGACGACUACAAACAGAUGAAAGAUAAAAAUAAAACUAAAAUUGAAAAUGUUGACGAGGUGAUAAGAAUUCAUCCUGGAUAUCAGAAUGAGAUGUCACAAAAAAAAUACGUAUCAAGCAUUGCUUGGCAUCCUACGAUAGUAGGUGUUUUUGCAGUUUCUUACAUGUCCAAUAGCAAUGAAUUGGUAAAACAAGUAAGCUUAAAAAAUACGGAUGAAGAACCUACUGAAUCAAAUGUCAAAGACAAACAUUUCAGUAUAUCAUACACCGAAGAUGGUGAAGACCAAGAUAAUUGGAAUAAACAUCCAAAAGUUAAACUUUUGGAUAACAAUUACGAUGAAAAGUUUUUGUAUUUUUUGAACAGAGAAUUUGUACAGAAAAUAAAAAUUCUUCAAAUAGCCGAGGAUGAAAAAAUGAGCCAAGGACAUAUGAACGAUAUUGAUGGACAUUUGCGCCAAACGUUAAUUUACGAUUCUAACGAACAACUUUCCGCAUACAAUGAGUUCAUUGGAGAGGAAUAUAAUCAUGAAGACGAUGUCAUAAGCAAUCAUACUGAUUACUCAGUAAGCUAUAGGAAAAGUACGACUAAUAGAGAUCCAAGUGAAACUGACGAAGACGUGUGUCACCAUGAUUCCGACACUGAAAGUUUUUAUAAUAUUUGGGGCGAAGAUAAUGAAUGGUUGUAUAACAACGAACUGAGGAACGUUGUUAGAAAUAUACAUAGGAAUUUUAAUAAGAAAUAUAAUAGAGAAGCUAAGGAAGAAAAAUUGUUUGAACUCUUGAUGUCUGAAACUGAGAAAAAAAAAAAAAAUGAAGAAACUAAAAAAGAUAAAAUGAAGUUAGCCAAGGAUAUGUUUGAAGCUGGAGAUAAGUAUAAAAUAUCUAAAUCUAAACAAAAAACUAAGAGUAAACUGAAUAAACAAUAUGCAUUGAUACAAAAUGACCAAGAAUCUAUGAUCAAACGAGAAAGUACACCAUUAAUAGAUGAACAAAAUAACGCAGUUAUCGUUUGGUCAAUUAGUGAUAAUGUUUUCCCGCAGCUGAGGUUGGAGUGUCCCGAAGAAGUGAAAUGUGUUGAAUUUAACCCUAGAAAUGGAAACGUCAUUGUAGGAGGGUUGACAAAUGGGCAAGUUUGCAUAUGGGACAUUGAAGGAAAAUUGGAGGCGAUGGGUUUAAAUUUGAGCAUGUCUGAAAAGGAAAAACAACAUAAAAAACAUCUGCACAUGCACAUGAAGUGGUCGUUAGACGUAAAUUUUAAAACUAGGAUCAGACCGACAGCCUUAAGCGCCAUCACAGAAUCCCACGAGUCAACAGUCACUGCGAUCCAAUGGAUUCAUCCGAUGACUAAAAUAACUUCAUUGGGUAAACUUAUACCAAUGCAACAAGGAACAUUUUCGGAUCAAUUUAUGUCGGCUUCCUUGGACGGAACUAUAAAAGUGUGGGACUUGCAAUUGAAAUUGAUGAAGAAAACCUAUCAAAAAAGUGAAACUAAUUCUCGUUUUGGUCGUCCAAAAAAUCUGAUAUCCAAUAAAUCACCAUUGAGCCAUUUAAACAACCGUCUAAGACCAUCGUAUUCGAUCAUGAUCAGAGAACCAGAAAACCCCAUGAUGCAGAGCACCACGUACAGCCCCAUAACGGCGAUGUCCUUCGAGAUCCCCUUAAUGCAAUACAAAUACAUCUGUCAGAAACCACUGCAAAUCGGCAAACGGCAAUUCGAAUACGUACCGGUAGAGCCCAGUAAUACGAACCGUACUUUGGUCGUUGGUACUACUAUGGGUCAAAUCGGAGUUGUCACUUGGGAAGGAUAUGACACGUAUCCACAAGAUGGAAACGUAGAAGAAUGCAAACAUAUAUGGUGGGGACAAAUACAUGACGGUCCAAUCAACUGCAUCAAGAGAAAUAUGUUUUUUCCUGAUAUUCAUUUGGUCUGUGGUGGAAAAGUAGCGUCUAUUUGGAGUUUGAAAUACAAUAAUGGUCCAAUUUGGUGGAAACGUUUCAAUGAUUUUACGAACAGCGUUUUAUGGUCCACCACUCAUCCCGCAAAAUUUCGCGUAUCUUUCAAUACUAGUGGCGUUAUACAAUUUUGGAAUCUCGGGUUGCACACUCAUCAACCAUACUAUAUAGCAGAUAUUUUCCUCAAAGAUGGGCUAAUAGCAUCGUUGUCGUCACCGUAUCCAGCAGUACAUUACAUCGGCAUAGAUAGUGUAAUGUUUGCUCAUGGUGUAAGCGAUAUGAUGAACUACAAGAAAAACAGGAUUAUUUGCUUUUCGGAUUCCGCUGGGACAGUAAUGGUAAUGACCAUACGCGCAUCGAUACUGAAACCAGAUGAAAUCGAAGAAAUUGGAAGCCAAUUCCAGAAGGAGUUGGAUUGGUUAACAGGGUUAGACGAUUGGAACGAUAAGUACAAAAGAGAAUUUGGUCCAUUAGGAGAAUACGACGUGGACGAUCAUGAUUACAAGGCAAUGCAAUCUGACGAGCAACUACAUAUGGUUAAAAGCGAAUUCAUUCAACCAAUAUUGUCACAAGAUCAAAUGAAGAAAACGAUUUGUGACGAAACAUUCAACUGGUAUAUAAAUCGGAGAGGACCGCAAACACGUUUGGGUAAAUUGAAAGACGAGUACAUACAACGAGAAAAGCAAUAUAUGGUCGAGGCUAUGAUGAAAAAAAAGAAAGUCAGUCAAAAACAAUUCGAUGAAUAUUAUGAUGGAAUUACGAAUAAAAGUGACAGUAAAACCGAGGAGAUUUCAAUAAUAAGAUCCGAAGCCGAUAAAAAGUAUAGGGACAUAAUAAAUAAAUUAUUGGCUGCUGAUCAUACAGACGAAUAUAAAUUCGAUGCUGGCUUAAAAAGAAAAACCGUAUUGGCAGACCAAAAAUUAUUAAAUGUAGAACUUCAAAAACUGUGGGCAUUAGACAUUAAAAUUGAAAGAGAAAAAUUUAUUAAUUAUAUGAAUAACAACCAUUAUAAGUCCGAGGAAGUAAACUGGGAUCAAGUAUUUGAUUUUGUGAAAAAGGAAGACAAAAAUAUAUUAAACGAU